AUGCACACUAUCAUCUAGAUGCGAUUUUGCUCGUCAACCUACUUUAUUCUCAGGGAUGAAAACUAUAGAAUCGGCUUCACAAAACAUAUGCAACAAUGCGUGUAGUUGAGCCAUUCCACCAUAGAUGGACGCUCACAACGAUCCUGAUAAGCAUACGUGGAAUGACUGUUUGCACCCUUUUUGACGUUUUAUAGGUUUUUUACCCGUGAGGGGAAACGCUCCGCGAUCUUUUUGUCACCAUGUAUAUUCUCGCUGGGAUUCCGCGAUCGUAAUUUUACAGAAUUACUCAUGCUCAGCGUAUCGAAAUCAUGGAAACGCGUGAAUUCUAGUUGCGGAAGUUUUUCAACCGUGGCGACUGUGGUUUUAACGGAAUCGUGCUAUUGUGAAUCGAAAACAAAAACAACAUAUUCUUGUUCUAACCUAGAUUUAAAGUAAGCGGGUGAAAUUCAAUGUAUGUUCAAUAUAAUCUAAUAAAGCUUCGAGCUAUGACAGACAGAAUUGUGAGAUAUAUUAGUGAAAAGCAGAGUGUUAGUGCUGUGUAGAAAAACAUUACAUAGUCAAAAAUGGUGAAGAUUUAUUUGCUGAUCUGGAGCUUUACCUUGGU